ACUACUUGAUGCAGCCGUCCCCACAAAACGCCAAAUGAUUCCGGGAAUGCUGAGGCGAGAGGGUGAGAGAGAGAGAGGGAGUGAGAGAUCGAGAGAGAUCCAAAAGACGGGUUUGGAUCCCAACUAUGCCUCGCUGAGACUUUGCCAGAAGUUUCAAACCUACGGCCCCCUCCAGUUCGAGCCACGUGGACCAAGAUACCACGUUGUAAACAACCACGUUCGCUACUUUGACUCAGAGUUCGCGUUCCGCCACAGUCCCGCCAGCGGUUUACAGCUGUUUGAUAUCCGCUUCAGGAAGGAGCGGGUAGUGUACGAGUAGAGAGUCCAGGAGGUGAACUCCGUUUACGGCGGAGAGACGCCAGGUCUGAUGAGGGUCAAGUUCUUAGACAGUCAUUAUGGAAUUGGGAAAAGUUCCAAUGAGCUGGUGAAAGACGUGGACUGCCCUUACAGCGCCACUUUCCUCCACACUCUCCAUCUCAUGGAGACUGGAAACUGAAAAGUAGGGGAACGCCAUCCCCCUGCGUACCCCCCCAUUCCCAUCACUGCAUGUGAUGCAUCUGAUGUCCAGUGUAGUGCAAAUAUACAUGUACUGUAUCUGACAUGCAAUGUUCCUGUAAAUGUAUGUUCACUAUACCUGAUAUGCAUCGUCAUGCAUGAGUACAUGUGCUGCAAGUAAUCUAUAAUGUCCUUACAAAUGUGCAUGUACUGCAGCCAUUCAGUGUCAUGCAAAUAUGCUGCAGCUGUUGUGUGGUGGCAUGCAAAUAAGGGUGCUUUUAUUGGAUGUGCAUUUAUUCAUACAAAGACCUGGGUUUCAUCCUUACCACAGGUGCUGUCUCUGUGGAGUUUGCACACUCUCCUUGGGACCUUGUGGUUUUUCACCACAUCCAGAGAGAAUAAAGGGAAUAUCAAUGAUUGGAUGAAGACCAGGAGUGACACAAAUGAUGUUGGUGAUUUACCGGGUGCGAAGAGUGGGGAAGGCUUGCAAUUGCAGUUGGUCUGUGGCGAAGAGAAUUUUGGGGUGAUCUUGCAAAAGGGUUUUACUGGAACAGCCCCCCAACCGGUGCCAUCCUCGAUUACAAUUUUGAUGUGACGAAGGGGGAUAUUUAUGUGAAUUUCAUGAAAGGAGCAACGACAAACAUCUGCUACAACCUUCUGGACAGAAAAAAUGAACAGGGAGAGAAAAUAGCUUAUUACUGGGAAGGGAAUGAACCUCAUGACUGUUCCUUUAUCACCUACUCCCAGCUCCUGAAGGAAGUCUGCAAGUUCGCCAAUGUUCUGCGGAGUUUAGGUGUGCAGAAAGGAGAUAGAGUUGCCAUCUAUUUACCAGUGAUUCCAGAACUGAUAUAUGCAAUGCUGGCCUGUGCAAGAAUAGGAGCUGUCCACACAAUUGUGUUUGCAGGUUUCUCAGCUGAAUCUCUGUGUGACAGAAUAUUAGAUUGCCAAUGCAUAUUGCUGGUUACUGCAGAUGGUUUUUACAGAGGAGAGAAGCUGAUUAACCUAAAACAGAUUGCAGAUGAUGCUUUGGAGAAGUGUAAACGCAAAAAAGGUUUUGUGGUGAAAAGAUGCGUUGUGGUGCAACGCCUUAGCAACAAGCUGAGAAACAGCCAAGGACAAUCCUGCUGUAACAUGCUGCAGUCAUCCUGGAACUCUGAGACGGAUAUGCUCUGGGACGCCCUAAUGAAGGACGCCAGUGAGCAGUGUGAGCCAGAAUGGGUUGAUGCUGAACAUCCUCUCUUCAUCCUCUACACCAGUGGGUCCACUGGGAAGCCAAAGGGCGUGCUGCACACUGUUGCGGGCUACUUAAUGUACACGGCAAUCAGUUUUAAAUACGUUUUUGACUACCACGCUGAUGAUGUGUACUGGUGCACGGCAGACAUUGGAUGGAUUACUGGACACUCAUACGUUACCUAUGGACCGCUGGCAAAUGGUGCAACGAGUGUACUUUUUGAGGGUCUGCUGAUUUAUCCGCAUGUGGGGAGGCUGUACGAGAUGAUCGAAAAGUACAAAGUGACGAAGCUCUACACCGCACCCACUGUCAUUAGAAUGCUGAUGAAGUUCGGAGAGGAACCCGUAAGAAAAUUCAACCUUGAGUCUUUGAAGAUCUUGGGCUGUGCUGGAGAGCCCAUUAACCCUGAGGCAUGGACAUGGUACCAUGAUGUCAUUGGGAAUGGCCGUUGUCCCAUCAUGGACACCUUUUGGCAGACGGAAACGGGAGGUCCAAUGAUGACACCAUUGCCAGCUGCUACCCCUCUGAAACCAGGAUCUGCUACGUUUCCCUUCUUUGGCGUCCUCCCUGCCAUUCUGAAUGAACACGGGAAGGAGUUGCAGGGAGAAGCUGAAGGAUACUUGGUAUUCAAGCAGCCUUGGCCAUCUAUACUGCGCACAGUGUACGGGGACAACGAACGCUUCGAGACAACUUAUUUCAAACAGUUCCCGGGAUUUUACCUGACUGGAGAUAGUUGCAGGAGAGAUGUGGAUGGCUAUUACUGGAUCACAGGAAGGAUAGACGACAUGCUCAAUGUUUCAGGUCAUCUACUGAGCAGUGCGGAGGUGGAAUCAGCCCUGUCAGAACACAGUGCAGUGGCGGAGGUUGCAGUGGUGAGCCAUCCUCACCCCGUGAAAGGCGAAUGCAUCUACUGUUUUGUCACACUGAAGGAUGGAAGAGAAUUGACUCAGUCCAUUUCAGAUGAACUGAAAAACAAAGUUCGGCAAAAGAUUGGACCGAUUGCCACACCUGACUACAUACAGAAUGCACCUGGCCUUCCCAAAACCCGUUCAGGUAAAAUAAUGAGACGCAUUCUGCGGCAGAUUGCUUGCAAUGAGAAGGAACUGGGAGAUAUUUCUACUCUCAUCGACCCGACGGUUGUGGAUGUCCUCUUCAGCCAGAGAUGCCAAGCAGCAGCCUGAGGUGAUGUACAGCCAUGUCUAAGACCCAGGCCCACGGGAAAGUGAAGAGCCUUAUUUUAAUCAGGGCAUUAUACAGAUGUUAUACCUAUCUGUGUACAUUAAGAAUAAACCCUUCCUCACUCAAAAACGUCUUUGUAAAUAUUGUCUUGCAACUUAUGAUUACGACCCAAGAAAUUCCAUGGUUUGGAGAUCACUCUCCUUGAACUGGGAUCUUAUUACUUGUCUUUGCAGGAAGAAGAAUUUCCUUUCAUGAGUCCUAACAUUAACAUUUAUUCGCAAAACACAAAAUGCUGGAGUAUCUCAGUGGGUCAGGCAGCAUCUCUGGAGGGAAUGAAUAGGUGGCAUUUUGUGUUGGGACUCUUCGACGGAUAAAGAUGUGCCCUGACUCGAAUCGUCGCCUAUCCACUCCCCCCACAGAAGCUGCUUGGCCUGCUGAGUGACUCCAGCACUUUGUGUUUUGCUCAAGAUUCCAGCAUCUGCAGUUCCUACAUUUAGUAGUUUGAACUUACACUCCCUUUUUCUCUUUGUACAAUAAAGAUAAGCACGACAUUGAGGCAUAUGCAGGUUGAACCCAAGCAGGAGUCCGGGUCACGAGUAAGAGAAAACAGAGAACCAGAAAAUCAUAAAAUUAUAUUUGUUCAAGUGCCUAAAGGGCCUGUCCCACUGUACGAGGUAAUUCAAGAGUUCUCCCAAGUUUCCCCUGAUUCGAACUCGGAGAAUUACGGUAAUAGCCGCUCGUA